UCGCGUGUCCGGCGAGAUGACCAACUCGAACGUGAGGGCGACAUGCGAAAAGCUGGGCAUGGGCUACCCGUGCCUCCACAGGGGCGGUGACGGCUGUUCCAACAGCUAUUUUCACACCCCGGGAUGUGUGGAGUUCAACACCACCAGUGCCGACUGCUACACCUUCAGCGUCAUCGCUAAUGAGGUGUGCCCCGGUGUGGAUAAAGCCUACGACUGCCCGGCGCUGGAUGACGUGUUCCUGUACCACCAGAGCUGGAGAAGCGGGGACGGCGCGUACGGACUGGACCUCCAGACUACCAGUUACGCCGUGCCGGGCGCGGGCAAGUACAACCUGUGGGCCCUCUGUGCAGGAGUUUUUCAGUGCAUGGGGGGCGGAACACCUGUGGACCAGAUCGGCAACUACACCUGCGACUGUCCCAAAGGCACGACCGGGGACAGGUGUGAGACAGGUGAGCGCUAA